AUGCGACUUCUCAUCUCCAUUUGGGAGCGUGUAACCCGCCCAACAUCGUUUGGUAAAUUUGUUUAUUUCUUUAUAGAAGAAGAAGAAGUUACGGUGACAUCGAGCGUAAGGAGGAACUCGUCGGAAAAGACAGUUAGCAGUAGUACUAUCACCACGAAAACUUCUAAAGUGAUAGAGAACAGCACACGGCCGGCGCCGAAGACCGUGUCUCCAUUCGCUAAGUUCCGGCAGCUCGAGAAGCAAAACUCAACAAACAGUCCCAACUCGCCCAAGACUCCGCAGAGCCCGGGCUCUCCGUCGGAGCCUUUCUUCAAGUUCACGGAUCCCGCACUGCAAGCGAGCGCGCUCACUAUUAAAGAGCGGCUGCUGCAGUGGUGUCGCGACAAGACCCGAGACUACGAGAAUGUAAAGCUGGAGAACUUUUCGACGAGCUGGGCGGACGGUCUCGCGUUCUGCGCUUUACUACAUCACUUCCUGCCGGACGCGUUUGACUACUCAAAACUGACGCCGGAGAGAAGACGACACAAUUUUACGCUCGCCUUCAAAAUUGCCGAUGAGAAGGCGGGCAUAUAUCCCUUGCUGGAUGUGGAAGAUAUGGUGACGAUGCGCAAACCUGAUUGGAAGUGCGUCUUCACCUAUGUCCAGUCCAUCCACCGCCGGUUCAAAGAUCAGAACUGAUCGUCUACAGAACUUUCCUUCUACCUCAAUUCCUGCGCGAUCAUAUGCAAACAUUCAAACUUAGAUUCUUGAAACUAUACGAUAUUCCGUUAGAGUAAAGCUUUAGCGUGCAGAGCAUAUUAAAUAAAUAUUCUUAGCACGAUAUUCAUUGUAGUCUAAUUGAAAAUCGUAAAUUUCUAAAGCACGCUUCAAUGAUGUUUGUGUGUGAGGGCGCGGGAGUGCUCAGGGAGGGUCGGCGUUGGUGAGGUGUAGUCAAACGAUAGUGUCACAAAAACGUUAUUCUAAUUGUAUGUUACGUCCAAAGAGUGUAUGUUGUUGAUUUUUAUUGUUUUUUUUUCUUUUAUAUAUAAACUUAUUGAAGUGAAAUUUCUUUGGAGGGUCUGAUGGCAGAAUUAUCGAAAAGAGAAUUUAUUUAGGAAACAACUUAUAAAAAAUUGCAUUAUAAAAAAAUACAAUCUCACAUUGUCCAUAAUCUCAUUUUAUUUUCGAAUUCAAAUUCCCUUCUGACUUACAAAUAAUUACCAGAUCAAAGUACUUACUCCGUGGUGUGGUCCGCAAGUGGCCAGCCCCGCAGUAACAACAUGUAUAGUGUAAUGACAUUAAUUAAACCGAACCAGAGAAAUUUCACUUGUAAGUCGGCCGUCGUUCUGACGGUCAUUGUCCGCCCAACUUGUUUCUCCAAGCGCUCUCGGAAUCUCCUAAUUAUUUUAUAAUCUCAAGAUGUGAUUUUUAAUUAUUCUAGUUUAUAAGACGUGUACUAACUUUAUCGAACGAUUAAUGUUGCUGUAGUUAUUGAACUGCGUUUGAGGAUCGCUUUGGCUUAUUCUUUCACAUAAGGAAGUUGCAUCCUCGGGGUCUGCUCGGAAGAAAUGUAUUAACGUAAUUUUGACAUUUUUUUAUUAUUAUUAUUUAACAGCAGCUUUACUUAAUCGCCUAAUUUUACGAAAAUGAUGUAUGACAUAUUUAUAAAUAUUUAAUAAUGAAGAAUAAAUUAACAUUUUUUUUUUCGA